AAAAGAAAGAGAGAAAAAAAGAAAGAGAAAAGAAGAGAAUGUUUUGUUUCUUCUCUUCAGUUUGUGUUGACAGAAAAGAGAGUAGAAAUUAUUAAAUUGUGAUUAAAAUCGUUUAAUUAAUCAUCUUUCCAUCCGGUUAAUCAAACAGGUUCACCAUUUUCUCUCAAUAUUAUUGCUUACCAGUGUAAUUUUUUUUACUCUUCUGGUCCAGUCAAAGUGAAAUUUUCUCUUUUUCAAUCUAUUGUGUGUCUAUGUGUCCACCUUUUGAUUGUUUCAACUGAAUCAAGGUGACCCGAUUUAUAGAAUAUCAAAUUACUAAGAAGAAAAAUACUGGAAUAAUCAAUAGACUCUGAAUAAUUUUCCAUUUCCAAUAUGUCUGCCACUCUAAGGCCAUACUUAGCUGCGGUUCGUAAAACCUUGGAAGCUGCUAUUUGUUUAACUGAUUUUAAUUCUCAAGUUGUUGAGAGACACAAUAAACCCGAGGUUGAGGUUCGUGGUAAUAAGGAAUUACUUUUGAAUCCAGUGACAAUCAGUCGUAAUGAUAAAGAAAGGGUUCUCAUUGAAUCAUCAAUAAACUCGGUUCGUAUCUCAAUUGCUGUUAAACAAGCAGAUGAUAUUGAAAGGAUUCUUGUUCACAAAUUUACUCGAUUCUUGAUGAUGAGAGCGGAUAAAUUUGUCAUCCUAAGGCGUAAACCUCUUUCUCUAGGUGAUAACCGAAGUUCAACAAUUCUUGAUGAGAAAACCCAUCCCACCCAACAACCACCUACCGGUUAUGAUAUAUCGUUUCUGGUUACCAAUAUUCACACCGAAUAUAUGAAUCGUUUCAAGAUAAUUGAUUUUAUUAUUCACUUUAUGGAAGAGAUUGAUAAGGAGAUCAACGAGAUGAAAUUGGCGAUCAAUGCCAGAGCAAGAAUAACUGCUGAAGAGUUUCUCAAACGAUUUUAGAAAAGAAAAACAUCAAAAAAAAGAGGAAAAUAUUAACCCGUUCCCGUCGUGUUGGUCACAAAAAUCAACAACGCACACAAUUUGUUUUACAGAACAUAAUUAAUGUUUAAAUGUUUUCGAAUGAUAAAUAAUAAUAAAAAAUACAAUGUUACUUUACAAGGGAA